AGAGAGAGAGAGAGAGAGAGAGAGCAACAGCAACACCCACCGAGCCCGCCUCGUCCUGAUAUAUCAAACCCCUCCGUCACCCGGCGCCUCCUAAACGGCUUUCCACCGCUCCAACGGCCGUCUAGCUGCUGGGCGGACCUGUGUCUUUUUUUAACCGCACAUAUUUAGCUCCAAAAUCGAACAGUUUCGGAGUUGAUUCAAGAGAAGAAGAAGCAGAAGAGAGACAGGGGAGAGACAUGGCCACGACAACCUGUACGCGAUUCACAGACGAAUAUCAGCUAUACGAGGAGCUGGGAAAGGGAGCGUUUUCAGUGGUGCGCCGAUGUGUGAAGCUGUGCACAGGACAGGAGUAUGCCGCUAAAAUAAUCAACACCAAAAAGUUAUCUGCGAGAGAUCACCAGAAGCUGGAGCGAGAGGCUCGGAUUUGUCGCCUGUUGAAACACCCCAACAUUGUUCGUCUUCAUGACAGUAUAUCAGAGGAGGGCUUCCACUACCUCCUGUUUGACUUGGUGACCGGAGGUGAACUGUUUGAGGACAUCGUAGCCAGAGAAUAUUACAGCGAGGCCGACGCCAGUCAUUGCAUCCAGCAGAUCCUGGAGGCGGUGCUUCACUGCCAUCAAAUGGGUGUGGUGCACCGGGACCUGAAGCCAGAGAACCUGCUGCUGGCAAGCAAGUGUAAGAACGCUGCAGUGAAGCUGGCCGACUUUGGACUGGCUAUUGAGGUGCAGGGGGAUCAGCAGGCCUGGUUUGGAUUUGCUGGCACACCGGGGUACCUGUCCCCUGAGGUCUUGAGGAAGGAGGCAUAUGGCAAACCUGUGGACAUCUGGGCCUGCGGGGUGAUCCUUUACAUCCUGCUGGUGGGUUACCCUCCUUUCUGGGACGAGGACCAGCACAAGCUGUACCAGCAGAUCAAGGCUGGGGCUUAUGAUUUCCCUUCCCCAGAGUGGGACACAGUCACCCCAGAGGCCAAAAACCUCAUCAACCAGAUGCUGACGAUCAACCCAGCCAAGAGGAUCACUGCUCAGGAGGCCCUCAAGCACCCAUGGGUCUGCCAACGAUCCACAGUGGCAUCGAUGAUGCACAGACAGGAGACCGUGGAGUGCCUGAAGAAAUUCAAUGCCAGGAGGAAACUCAAGGGGGCCAUUCUUACUACCAUGCUGGUUUCUCGAAAUUUCUCUGUGGGCAGCAGACAGACCACCGCUCCAGCCUCUGUCACUGCGGCCGCGGCAGCAGUGGCUGCAGCCGCCGGCACCACCGCAGGGCUGGUGGAACAAGCCAAGACUUUGCUCAACAAAAAGGCAGAUGUCAAGCCCCAGACAAACAGCACCAAAAACAGCAUAGUCACCAGCCCCAAAGGAAACAUCCCUUCACCUGCUCUGGAACCUCAGACAACUGUCAUCCAUAAUCCAGUGGAUGGGACGAAGGAAUCAUCAGACAGCAGCAACACCACCGUGGAGGAUGAAGAUGUGAAAGGGAAGAGCUUAGACAACAGCUCGCUUAAGGCGCAGUCCAGCACAAGCUCCCAGCCCGAUAGCUCCUCAGCUGCUGUGUACUCUGCCGCAAAGUUUGCUGACCUUCUGGGCUCAGUGCGUAGGGGCUCAGGGCCCAUAUCCGACGGAGAAGGGAGAUCCUGCACUCCGCCUCCCGCUGCCCUCUCCGCCCCCUCCCCUCCACACACCCCUGUUGUACCAAUGCAGAUGUCUCGGCUCACAGACCUGGUAAGCAGCGUUCGCAGGGUGCCGCCGGCUCCAGCACCCGAAGGUAAUGCUGCACCAGCGUCAGUGCCUAGGCCCACCCCUCCACCUGCACACGCCACCUCCCCACCUCCCCCUCACUCCCCCUCCAGCCCUUCCCUGUCUUCCUCCCAGACACGCAAACAAGAAAUCAUCAAGAUCACUGAACAGCUGAUAGAGGCCAUCAACAAUGGAGACUUUGAGGCAUACGCUAAGAUCUGCGACCCUGGACUGACUUCGUUUGAGCCAGAGGCGUUGGGAAACCUGGUAGAGGGGAUGGAUUUCCACAGAUUCUACUUUGAGAACCUUUUGGCCAAGAACAGCAAGCCCAUCCACACCACCAUCCUGAACCCCCACGUCCACCUGAUCGGCGAGGAUGCCGCCUGCAUCGCUUACAUCCGCCUGACUCAGUUUGUCGACGGCCAGGGUCGGCCGCGGUCCAGCCAGUCGGAGGAAACUCGCGUCUGGCAUCGCAGAGACAGCAAGUGGCAGAACAUCCACUUCCACUGCUCAGGCGCCCCAGCAGCGCCACUCCAGUGAGGGUUGAACGCUGUAGUUUUGUCUGUCGGGAGUGCUCUGCUGGAGAGAGAAGAGGAGGAGGAGGAAGGGAUGAAAGAACAUGUCCAGUGUCGGUUUGGAGGCUCCUCGCCCUCCAACAACAAACCCUCCUUCACUGGACGCCCGGCCUCAACCCCCCAGCAUGCAUCUCUUCUUUUACUACUACUGCCCCCCGUCUGUCACCGUCUCCACGACAACCAUCCAACAGCAGCGAGUCGACAUCCAGCAGCUCCAUGUCCUUCACCCCCCGGCCUCCUCUUCUUCCCUACGGCACAUCGGGGCGUUGUACGGGGGUGGGGGUGUUUUCAGCUCUGGGUGUGGUUCCUCCUUCCUCUGGUCUUUCCCCAUCCCCACAAUUUUUGUGACACCGACCCUCAUGUCCUUCUGUGAAUCCACACUUGUGUGACAUAAACACUGCACUGGAAAUACAGUAUGUAAAGUUUUAAGUAAAAUCUAUUAUUAUCAUUACGAUAUUAUUAUGAUUAUUAUUAUGAUUAUUAUUAUUACACAUUUGCAAUUGUAUAUGUAAUUUGUAUAAUUCUGAAUUCUUGAUGCCAGUGGUUUCUAGAGUUAAAGGAAAUCUUUUUUUUUGUUUGUUUUUCUCUAUAUUUUUAAGGAAGCAUGUUUUUUCCCCCCCAUAUUAACAGUGGCUGUUUUUUAUUGUGGCUAUUAAGUGGAAAAUGAUAUUGGCAGUUUUUGUAAUUUGCUUCUUGUAUGUUAGCUAUAAUACUGCGCCCAAACUCAUGGUCGACAUGUUUUUGUUUGUUUGUUUUGGUGGGUUUUUUUCUUCUUCUUUUGUCUGUUGUUGUUUGUCUUUUUUUGGAAGGGGCGUGUGUGAUGGGUGUCAUUUGUGAAUGUAGAGAGUGUGUGUGGUUAUGUAAGCCAAUCGGAAGAAGUCGUUUUUUUCUCGUUGCAGUGUGAACAGCAGGUGAAAGGUUUCGCUAAACUCGGUGUCUUCCUGCGUCAGAACAAAAUAGAGUUUCACCAUUAAUUCACAUUUCUGCCCUGCGCUUUGUAACGGCCGAUAAUGAGGUGUAAAGCAGCCUUGUGAAGAUGCAUAGAAAGAAAAAGAUAGUGCUUUUUUUUCUGCUAGUAACCAGAGUUCCCUUUCUGGUUUUAUGUGUCUGCCACCAUGAAAAAUAAUGUUUCUCAUUAUAACCAAAAGCUUAACAGGAUGCUUCAUGUCAGACUCAUGUUCUGAGUGCUUUUCAUUAAGUCUCCUUGCUUCCUUUACUUGUGUUUCUUCCUCAACAGCAGUUAGUCUGUACAUGCACAGCUGUAUCGGUAUUUUUAACACCCCCAGGCAGUUACUUCAGGCUGAAAACACCAGAAUAAUAUCUAAAAUACAUGAGGAGGGAGGCAUAAUGCACAAAUACAGUCAGUUAAAUCUGAUAGAAACCGCUUAAGAACUCUGCAACAACAUAAGGCUUUAAAGUUGUUCUUUCAGGAUUAUACUGAAUCAGUGCAACAACGCGAUUGGCUGGAUGUUCAGCUGUUUUGAAGCACGUGAUUGGCUUUCUGAGGAGACAGGUGUGUUCAAGAACCACCAUCACAGAGUUCUGUUCUUUCUCCUGUUUCACCUCUCAGAUCAAACCUCAUCGUUUGUAUUCUCCUGUUCUCUCCUCGUCUCCUGGAGGUGUGAUUAGAAACCAGAAGAUCCCCCAUGAUGGCAGAAGGAACUGAUUUCUGAGGAGGCACAGCGUCGGCAUGCUCGUUUAAAGGGACGCACUGGUGGUGGCUCCUGCCGUUGCUAGGCGACAGAGAAAAUUAUUUUUUAUAAACCCCGCACUUUUCAGAAAAGUUGAGGUCUUUUUAACUCAAUAAAACCACAACAGCGGGUCCUCUGUAUUUUUAUUUUAUUUCAGUAAGAUGACAGAAGCAGUGAGUGAGAAGGAUCCCGGUGGAUGUGUGACCUUCCAAAGCAUAGAGCUCAAAGCUGCUGCAGCUUUUGUCUAAACCGAGCAAAUGCAGACAAACGCUUGCAUCAGUGACGAGGAGUGAAGUGUUUGCUGGUUUGUCAUGUUGUGAUUUUUUUAAUGUUAUUUUUUUGCCACAGGGUGCAAUAUUUGUGUGCGUGUGUUCAUCCGCUGCUUGGGUGUGUGUUCUUUCCAAGCCUGGGAGUUGGUGUGUGUUGUGUGUCAGACGAAGGCUUUAUUUCGGAGGACAGAUCAGUCCCCUGCCUUCAACCCAGGACUUCUUUCAUUUUGCUUUUCUAAUGAUUUUAUCUGUUUAUUUUUUCCACAUAUUGUGUUUUUCAUGUUUCUACUCUCUUUGAUUUGUGUUCCAGUAAAGUGUUUUGAGCUUUUUGCUGACAUUAAGUGCUCGUGCCAGGGGUGGCAGGAUUGAUGGGAUGGACUCUGCAGCACUGAAAACUGAUUUUUUUUUUUUUUUUUUUUUUUUGUGGGGGUCUGACUCGCCAUGGGCUCCGUUGUUGUACUUUGCUCGUCCACCAUUGGCUGCCUUCUGGUUUUGUGUCGCCUCUUAUUGGUCAGACCAAGAUGUUAGGAGAGCGGGCAGUCUGCUUUGGUGAACAGUCCUCAGGUUUCUAUUUAUUUUCAGUAUUUAUUUAUUUAUUUUAGUGGAUAUUUUUAUUGUGGUUUUUUCUCCCGUUUUUUUUUUGUUGUUGUUUGUUUUCCUGUUGUACAACUCAUGCACUUGUACUGUCUGUAGUUGUUCAAAGGGACGAUGCUCCAUGUAAAGCCUGACUAUUUUUAAAGGGAUAGUUCACCCAAUUUGCAUUCUUGCAUUCGUUUUUUUCUCAAAUGACCAACAUGGUGUGAAAUACUUUUUCUGCUAGAUUAAGAUUUGCGUUGUCUUCGACACAAGUUUUUUUUCUUCCACUUUUCCAGAGUGGUCCGUCUGUCACUUUAAAACUCCAAUAAUACAGGAGUGUAUUUUGUGUGAACUAUCCCUGCAGAAGCUUCAUUGCCUUUUUAUAAGAUGGUGAACAUUUUGUCAGAUGAAGGUUUUGUUUUUCUUUUCAAGGUGAAGCACUGAGGUGUGCUAUCGUACUCGUGUCCAGUUCUGAUGUUCGUGUCUGUUUUUCAGCCGGUUCGAAGACUAAAAGGUCAAAGGUCACAUGAAGGCGUUCAUGUGUGAUUGUUGGAACCAAACAUGACCCCCAACCCCCUCCAAAAAAAGAAGAAAAAGCAGCAUGUACAGUACAAAUGUCUUGUUUUUCUGUUCUUCUUAGUGUGUUAAUAACCUUGAAAAUCAGUAGAAUAAGAUACACAUUUUAAAUGAGGGAUUCACAGUUUUUCACAACUUCAACUAACUAGCAGCCUCGCUGACAUUUUCUCUGCAUGACCGUCAACAGGACUCUUGUUUUUUGGUGUUUUCUUUUUUAUUUGGCUUCUCAUUUUCUACUGAAUGCUGUAAACUCCACCUCUCUCUAUUUUCUCAGCUUUUUAAGUGCGUAUAACUAUUUUUGUCUGGAGAUGAUCUAAUGAAGAUAAUUCUAAUGAUAAGGAUUAAUAUAUGGAUGAAUGUGGCUCUAAGAAUGACUAUGAGGAAGUGGACAGUGAUGAUGAUGAUGAUGAUGAUUUUGCAUGCUUGUCUAUGGGGCUCUGUGUUGUCGCUGCAGAAUAUCUGCCUUCUGUAUGUAGCUGAGAGAAUAUGAGGAGCACUUGUUGAGCGUCAGCACCAAGAGUGACUGGUGCUUCACUGAGCCUGCAUGAGGAACAGCACUGCAGUCCAACACACACAUCAGAGGCAGCUGACAGAGUGAAUGAGCUCCAGCAGGGGGCGCAGUCACACAAAGUAAAGCACAGACGGAUGGAUGGACGGAUGUCAGACUGAUGCUGCUAAUGAAGCUGCACAGUAACUUUAGUGUGGGAUCAAACAGACAAUCCAGUCAGAGACAACAGCAGCUGAUCAGUGUAGAAUAAGAAGCAGCUUCCAUUCACAUUUUUGAUCAGGGCUGCACACUUGGGACUAAAAUGGUUGUAAUGCUGCUGAUAAAUCAUGACUCUAUGAGAAUAAUCAAAGCUGAAAUCAUGUUUGGAAGUCAUUGAUUGUGCAGCCCUGCAUCUAAACUCCACUAAGUGUCCUCCUCUGGUCUCUUGAGGUCAGUGUGAGCUCUGCUGCCUUCCUGUCAGCUGUUUAGUCAGAUGAAGCGUCGCUCAGAUAAACUGAAGUCACUUUGUUCACUCUGAACUUGUGCCAUCUUGUUUUUGCAGCCAGUGACUAAGUUGCACUGACAACACUGAGUUGUCUUCUCUUGGUAGGGCGUCUUUCACUCUUUUCCCCUCUCCCUCUGUUUCCAACCUUCUUCAAUCAUUUCUCUGCCGUCGGCUCUUCCUACGUUCCCUUUGUCUCUUUUUGUCUCUUUGGCUUUCUUCUGUAUAAUAAUAUUAAUCAUCUAGUUCUCUGAUUCUUCACAUUAUUGCUCUGUUCUCUUAUGUGCUACAAGUGUUUCUCUAACUUCAAGAAAAUGUGUUAAGGUGUUAUCAAUAAAAUGACAGUUUAAAUAGAAAA